GUGACAUUCAUUAACCGAUGAUUAUUCUCAACCAACCACAAAGAUAUCGGGACCCUAUACCUAAUUUUCGGCGCAUGAGCCGGAAUAGUAGGUACCGCCCUAAGCCUCCUCAUCCGAGCAGAACUAGGUCAACCCGGAGCCCUUCUAGGAGACGACCAAGUCUACAACGUAAUCGUCACGGCCCAUGCUUUCGUAAUAAUCUUCUUCAUAGUUAUACCCAUCAUAAUUGGAGGGUUCGGAAACUGACUAGUUCCCCUAAUAAUCGGAGCCCCAGACAUAGCAUUCCCACGAAUAAAUAACAUAAGCUUCUGACUACUUCCCCCAUCAUUUCUACUCCUACUAGCAUCCUCCACCGUAGAAGCAGGCGUUGGUACAGGCUGAACAGUAUACCCCCCAUUAGCCGGUAACCUAGCCCACGCCGGAGCCUCCGUUGACUUAGCAAUUUUCUCCCUACACCUAGCCGGUAUCUCCUCAAUCCUAGGUGCAAUCAACUUCAUUACAACAGCAAUCAACAUAAAACCCCCUGCCCUGUCACAAUACCAAACCCCCCUAUUCGUCUGAUCAGUCCUAAUUACUGCAGUACUCCUACUCCUCUCCCUCCCAGUCCUUGCUGCAGGAAUUACAAUACUCCUCACAGACCGUAACCUCAACACUACAUUCUUCGACCCUGCAGGAGGAGGUGACCCAGUUCUGUAUCAACACCUUUUCUGAUUCUUCGGUCACCCAGAAGUAUACAUCCUCAUCCUCCCAGGAUUUGGAAUUAUCUCUCACGUCGUAACCUACUAUGCAGGAAAAAAAGAACCAUUCGGCUACAUAGGAAUAGUAUGAGCUAUACUAUCCAUUGGAUUCCUAGGGUUUAUCGUAUGAGCCCACCACAUAUUCACAGUCGGAAUAGACGUUGACACUCGAGCAUACUUCACAUCCGCCACUAUAAUCAUUGCCAUUCCAACUGGAAUUAAAGUAUUCAGCUGACUAGCUACACUCCACGGAGGCAUUAUCAAAUGAGACCCCCCAAUACUAUGAGCCCUAGGAUUUAUCUUCCUGUUUACUAUUGGAGGACUAACAGGAAUUGUUCUAGCAAACUCCUCACUAGAUAUUGCCCUACACGAUACCUACUAUGUAGUAGCUCACUUCCACUACGUCCUGUCAAUAGGAGCAGUAUUCGCAAUCCUAGCAGGCUUCACACACUGAUUCCCAUUAUUCACCGGAUACACCCUCCACUCAACAUGAGCCAAAAUCCACUUUGGCGUAAUGUUCGUAGGAGUAAACCUAACCUUCUUCCCCCAACACUUCCUAGGUCUAGCAGGCAUACCACGCCGAUACUCAGACUACCCUGACGCCUACACCCUAUGAAACACCAUCUCCUCCGUAGGAUCCUUAAUCUCUCUAACAGCCGUAAUCAUACUAGUAUUCAUCAUCUGAGAAGCCUUCGCAUCAAAACGUAAAGUCCUACAACCAGAACUAACAAGCACUAACGUCGAAUGAAUCCACGGCUGCCCACCUCCCUUCCACACCUUUGAAGAACCUGCCUUUGUCCAAGUACGAGAAAGG